GAUGAUGCUUAUAAUAGCACAACCAAAUCCAAAAAGAAAAAAGAAGCAUAAGAACUGUUUUCAGCUAUAUUAUUGAAUUGAAAAUCCCUUAAUUGUUGAAUUAUGGAGGUUAGUAUUAUCUCGAGUGAGAUUGUGAAACCAUCCUCCCUUCAGUUUAACGAUUUAAAGCCCUACAAACUGUGCCUCUUUGAUCAAAUCACUCCCAUGACAUACGCCUCAAUCAUGGUUUUCUUCCGCAACUGUAUCGAUCCAAAUUCCCAUGCUAAUAUUCACCAAACCUUAUUAUCCCAACUAAAAACCUCCCUAUCUGAAACCCUCACCUUCUAUUACCCAUUUUCAGGAAGGACAAAGAACAACUUCUACGUCGAUGAUUUCGACGCAGGAGUCACUUAUGUUGAGGCCAAGGUCAACUGUAGCUUGAUCGAGUUUUUCAAGCUCAAACAGAACGAGUUGCUGAACAAGUUCGUUCCAUUCCUUCCUUGGCGUGAUGAAACUGAAGCCCGACAAGAGGAGUUGCCUCAAAUGGGUUUUCAAGUCAAUAUUUUCACAUGUGGUGGAAUAGCUUUGUCUACUUCGUUGGGCCAUAAAAUAGCCGAUGGAGGAACAUUAGCCCUUUUCCUCAUGUCAUGGGCAGCCUCUUUCCGAGGCCUCCCUCAAAAUAAAAUCCUACGUCCCAAUCUCUCUGAUGCAUCAAUAGCCUUCCCACCAAGAGAUUUGCCUCCCAGCUACAGAAAUCUAAAGGAUAAGUUGUGGUUUGGGGCGAAAGGAAACUUUGUAACGAAGCGAUUCGUGUUCGAUGCCAAAGCUCUCACAAAGCUUAGGGAAAUCGCUAGCAGCCAACGUGUCCCUCAGCCAUCACGUAAUGAGGUUCUCACAUGUUUUGUGUGGAAGCAUGCAUCUAUGGCAGCUGCAGUAGUUAAUAAUAAUAACAAUAAUAACGGAUUUCCUAAUAAGGAUUCUGUUAUGGCCCAUGCAGUGAACAUGAGGCCUCGAAUGAAAUCUAAUGCGUUGAGCACCUCCGUUGGAAACCUCUUUUGGUGGGCCAAAACAACACCCAAAGAUAUUCGCUCAUUGGAGUUGUCUGAAAUGGUGGAAAUGGUAAGGGAGUCUCUAGUGAAUUUCAGCAAUGAGUAUUUGGAGAGCAUAGAAGUUGACGUGGGUUCUGCUGUAUCAGAGUUUUAUGAUUCAAUUGAACACAUUAUUAACCCGCUAUCUAACAAGGAUGAUGAUAAUGCAACUGAGAUUUAUGCUUUCACAAACUGGAAAGGCUUCUUCAAUGAGGUAGAUUUUGGAUGGGGAAAGCCGAUAUGGGUCGGGGCCCAUGGAAAUGUAGGACCCGAGUUUAGGAACAUGAUUGUGUUUGUGGACGGACAAGGUGGGAAAGGAAUUGAGGCAUUUGUAACCCUUGAAGAGAAGCAUAUGGCUGUUCUGGAAAAAGAUCCCCAGUUUCUUCUCUUUGUUAAUCCCAAUCCUGAAGGCCUUCCGGUCACCUUGAUUUGAACCAGUCACAACGUACGUACGUACGUAGUAGCUUUAAAGUAUAAAUAUAAGAUUAUAAAUAAGUGCAUAUGCGACACAAUAUUAUGUGUGUAAUGUAAUACUAAAUAGUGAACGUAAGGAAAUUAUUAUAUGAGUA